GAACAAGAAAUCAAGAAUAGGGGGUCUUGAGAUUAGAGACGCAGAUAAACUGCCGCGUAUCCGAUCCUCCAUGGAUAGAAACUUGAUGCUUGCUUCAAAAAAGAAGAAAAAGGAUAGGAGUUUCGCUAGAGAGAAAAAAAGUGGGGAAAACAGAGGGUUAGGGUUAGAGAGAGAGACGCGGAAAGAGGAGGUCGCCAUGGAUAAAAACUCGAUUACGCUCAUUGUUAAUCUAGGUUCCCUAACACCAACAGAACCGCUUACUCUUGAUGGGUUCAAAUCUUCCGAUACCAUUACCUAUGUCAAGGCUCGGGUCUGCCAGACAGCAAUGGACCUUGGCUUGCAUCCACUUAAUGCUGACAUUAGAUCAUUGAUGUCGCCACAAGGACCACAUUUGGAGGACAACCAGACUCUGGCAUCUGCCUUCCAUCCUGGCUGCCAAGAUGAGAUUCUCAUCUUGUAUUACUUCAUAGACGCAGCAAAAAAAAGAAAAUUUAGAGAGCCCAAGGCGGAUAUGCGCUGGUUGCCUAUCUGUAAGCUUGUGCGAUUUAGAGAGGAAGCACACGAGGACGACAUGGGCAGCUGCGAAUAUGGCUACCCAAUCUUGAUUGAAAAGAGACCAAAAUCUAUUUAUGCACCACUCCCAUUUGCUCAAGUUCCAGACCUAGGCAUUCAUGGCCAAUACGAGUUGCUGGAUGUUGAGCGUAGACCCAUCACGCUUUCUAAGAUUAUGCAUACCCACUCUGUUGCAACCACUGCAUCUGUUGUUCUUUUGGCAUUGAAUGAUCGGAUUUUGAAGGACCUGGUGUCCUCAAAUAGUGAGUCUGAGUACCUUGUGAUUCGUGUUAGUUGGGACAAAUUGUCUUACUUUUUUGUCAGGCUAUUGAGGACAGCAUACCCUGACAUUCCCAUUGUUGCUGUCACCGACCUUGACCCCCACCACCUCGACCUCUUGACCUUCCUUGACACACCUCUCGAAUUCUUGCCUAGCUGCUAUGGGUGGGAUCUCACCAGAGACUUUAAAGAAGAUGUGUGUUCUAGUGACCUUGGUUUUGCGAACAUCAAGUGGCUUGGGCUGAGGCCUUUUGACUUUAGGCUGCCACGCCUUGAUUCUUUAAAGUCUGGUACUUCCCGUUGUCCUGGCUUUGACAAGGUCAUUAGCAUGCUCAGGGCCAAUCCUUUUCUCCGUAAGAAGCAAGAGUGGUUAGAAGCAUUGGAUUGGCUUGGCUUGGUUGGUAAGUGUGUGUCAUUACAUCUUCUGGCUCCUCCGCUAGAUUCUGGUGGUUGUUACAUUUAUUUGGGGGAUGAUUAUAUUUCUAAGAAAGUAUCUGAUGAAGAUUGGGUUUGAAUAUAACCGCCGUGGCCCUAAAUGCUUCUGUGUAUCAGACUCCCUAGUGCUAUGCCCCUUUAACUCUUAUGCAGCAGACGUGAAACAGAGAGCCGAGUCUGGAAUUAGGAAGUUCGGAAUCUGACCAGAGAGUCUAAAUUAUAGAGGAUGUGAUGAUGGAAAUGCCAAGAUGAUGAAAAAUUGAGGAGACGGAGUGUUGACAAUAAAAUAAAACACAGGGAAUAUGACCUGAAUUGGGUAGUUCGUUGUUUUUGUCCACUUUCCUUUGUUGGGAUGUGCAAUAUGAUCAAAUGGUCUAUUUUGCCCCUAUAUUCUUAACACCACCCAACCGACUACCUACCACGCAUCCAUCCUCGUCUUCCGGUGGGUCGUCUUCCGGCUCAGCGCCUAGCAACCACUGCUCUCGUAUUUUGUGCAAAAAAAUGCUGUUGGAGAACUCUAUUUUAGGAUAAGAAUUCGGAACUCUAAUCGCUUUUUCCAAGUAUAAUUCAGUUGUCUUGAAAUAAUCAAUAACUCACCAUAAA